AUGUUAAUUGUUGUAAAUUAUUUUAUAUUAAUAUUUAAUACAAAUUUAUUAAUUUUGGAAUCAUUUGCUGAAUUAGCCCCUUGUGUCAAUGGUGAAUGUCCAGAAUUGUAUGGACCUUGUGAAAAUAAUUAUUGUUCUGGAAAAUUAGAGAAUGGGGAAACUCCGCCAAAGAAUAAUGAAAAUCCAGCGAAUAGUGAAAAUUCAGGAAACGGCGUAACACCAACAAAUGGAGGAAAUUCUCAAUCAUCUUUAGUUUGCAAAGAUAUUGGAAAAGGAUGCCAGCUUAUCACAAGUUUAUAUAAAGCGACAGGUCGUCCUUGUUCUCCUAGCGUUUCACUUAUUUGUGCUUCAACUUGUAAAGUAUGUAAAACAAACUAA